CGAACCCUCUCUCAAGCGCAGCCCCCAAAAGAUCCAAAGAACCCGCUUCAUGAUUCCCUGAAACAGAGGAAGAGAUAAGCCAAACCCUUCAAAACGCACCUCCCUAAAUAUGCGUUAAAUAGAACCCAAAAUCUGUCUUUGCCUCAGACUAUAUGGGGCAUACCAUUUGCAGUUUGCCAUGGAAAACCCACCAGAGAAGAAGGUGGAUUACGAGGCACAGGAGCGAGAGGUAGAAGAUCAAGCUGGAGGGGCGGAUCUGCAGAGACCCUUCUCUCUUCUCCCUCUCUUUUUCUUUUUCUUUCUUCCCCGUCUCUGAUACCUCCUCGUUCAUCGUCAUCCUCUCCGUUGUUUGCAUCUCCUCCAUUGACCCCAAUAGUCCGGUUUGAUCCAUUGGGCGGAUCGGUUCGUUUACCUCAAAUCGAUUUUGCAUGAGUUUCAACAAACAAUUAAUCUUAACCGUUUAUUUAAAAUUAUCCACAUGUCGUCUUCUGCAAGAGGUGAUUGGCCCAUCUAGCAUAUAAAAAAACGGAAAAAGCAGUUCGCCCAUAAAGAUCUAUUUAUGGCACUAAGCAAAUGGCCACAACACCUCGUACAGAAAAAGAAACUUGACGGACGCUCCAGAUGAAGCCACGUUGAUUAACAAUCUGAGACCCUCCAUUACCUAGGUGGACCACUCUUUUUGAUUUCUUCAGACUUCAGAGUUUAGCUUGCGACCAAUAGAGCUUUCCGUUGAUAAUUCCAACCCCAACAUCCCGCAACGGUAAUCCUCCUCAGAUCACUGAAGAUAAAUCAGUUUUGUUCAUCACUGUAACGGUAGAAAAAGACUUGGGAGCCUGAGGAUUUUGUGGAGUUCAUCUGAUUUCUGCAAAAAUAAUUAGAGAUGGAAAUUUGGGCCCCAAACUCUGCUAUUAUUGUAUUACUGGUGCUCAUAUCGGCCCUGCAAUCAGCAGUUGGCAUAAGAUUCGUGAUUGACAGGGAAGAAUGCUUCUCUCAUAGUAUUGAAUAUGAUGGUGAUGCAGUUCAUGUUUCCUUUGUGGUAAUUAAGGCUGAUGCACCAUGGCAUUUUGGUGAUGAUGGUGUAGAUCUUGUGGUAAAGGGUCCUACAGGUGAUCAAAUUCAUGAUUCUCGUGACAAGACAAGUGAGAAGUUUGAGUUCAUUGCUCAAAGGAAAGGACUCCAUCAGUUCUGCUUCACUAACAAGUCUCCUUAUCAUGAAACCGUUGACUUUGAUAUACAUGUUGGCCACCUUACUUAUUUUGAGCAACAUGCUAAAGAUGAGCACUUCCAGCCCUUGUUGGAUCAGAUAACUAAGUUAGAGGAAUCUCUUUACAACAUACAGUUUGAACAGCACUGGCUAGAAGCUCAAACUGACCGCCAAGCAAUAGUGAAUGAUGUGAUGAGCCGAAGGGCAAUCCACAAGGCCAUGUUUGAAUCUGCAGCACUGAUUGGGGCCAGUGUUCUCCAGAUUUACCUCCUGCGCCGCUUGUUUGAAAGAAAGCUUGGCACAUCCAGAGUUUAGAUCUAAAACUGCUUUGGAGUAUUUACUGAUUGUGGCGUUUCAAGUUAUAACAAAAUUCUGUUCUUAUUCUUUCCCUCAUGUUAGAACAGAAAGGUUUUGUUAAAAAAUAAUUUAAGAAAAAAAAUCAGAAAUCCCAUAAUUUUGCAGUUCCUUCCUCA